AUGAAGAAAGUCAUAUUUAUAUGUUUGUUAUCGUUAUCGCUUUGUCUAAGUAAGCCAGCCGACGAACAAGAGAAACCAGUUCAAGAUCAAAAAACAAAUGAGACUGGACCAAAGAUUAUAAUUACAACAGAAAAAUCAAAAGUUUCUCUAAAUGCUACUACAAUGGAACAAAAACCAGAUAAAGUUACAGACCUUAACAAUAACACUACACACUUACAAGAGGCCACAACUGUUCCUAGUAAAACAACAAAUCCAACUCAACCUGCUUCUGAUGAUAAUAAGACAACACCUGAUAAGAAGAACACAGUACCACAAAUAGACACUGAUAAAAAGAAAGAAGAGUCACCUAAAGUAACUGAAAGUUCCACUGAAGCGAAAGGUCCUGUAGACAAUAAAGACAAAGUCAAAAAUACAACAAAACCAGAAGAAAAGACUGAAAAAGAUACUGCUGCUACCACUGAGAAAAGUGCUGUGACAAACAAGCCAACUGAAGCUCCGAAAAAGGAUGAAGAUAAACCUACACUACAAGCUAGAGGUUUUGAUGGACCCAGUUUCAUCGGUGGCAUAAUUUUGACACUUGGUCUACUUGCAAUCGGAUUUAUGGGCUUCAAGUACUACAAGACUCAAACUGAAAGGAAUUACCACACUCUCUAA